AUGGUAAGGGCAACUUUCCGUUAUUAUCGUCAUUAUUUGGCCUUCCUACUCGCAAUUGAGGAGAUUAAUACAAAUUCUCAGAUUCUACCUAAUAUUACUCUGGGUUAUCAGAUCCAUGACUCCUGUGGAAUGGAACUUAAGGCUCUCUCUGGUGCCCUGGAUAUCAGUUAUGGCACCAUGCAUCCGGUUUUUAAUAACAGAGUCCAGUUUCCAUCAUUCUACAGAACUAGUCCCAAUGAGGAGGCAGAAAUUGAUGGGAUUGUGCAGAUACUGAAGCACUUUGGCUGGAAAUGGGUCGGACUCAUUAUAUCAGAUGAUGACACUGGAUACAGAGGCCGGGAAAAGUUUACUUAUGCACUUACCAGCUACAAUGCAUGCAUAGCCUUCUCCUCUGUACUUAAAUAUAAUUUUUAUAUCUAUUUUAAUCAUGAGAAUAACAUUUUUCAAGAGAUCGAGAGGACCACUGCCAAUGUGAUUGUCCUAUUUAUUAGUAUAAAAUACACUUACAGCUUUGCACACUUAUUUUCAAUGUACAAUAUCCCACAAAAAACAUGGAUCACCUCUUCUUUUUUCCCCAAUGUUAUGGUGUACAGACAAGAAGAGCUUGAAAUUGCUUUAAAUGGGUCUUUGUCUCUGUUAGUCCAAGAAGGGGAGAUCAUAGGCUUUAAACAGUUCUUCUAUGGAUUUUCUCCAAAUAAAUACACCAAAGACGAAUUAACCACUGAUACCUGGGAAAAAUUAUUUCACUGCUAUUUUCCGAGGGUUGUAACAUAUAUUCCAGGGAGAACCUACAAAACCUGUACGGGAAAUGAGACUCUCAGUGAUGCAGAUUUAUCAAUAUAUGGGGAUCACAAUUACAGAGUGACUUAUAGAGUUUACACUGCAGUCUAUGCCCUGGCACACGCCCUGCACAAUCUCUACUCUGCUCAGCCACCAGCCAAUCACUGGGACAAAUUAGUAAAUCUGAAAAAUAAUGUAAAUCCAUGGCAGAUAAAUGCAGCUGUUAAAAAUGAAUUUGGGAGCCCAGCAGCCAAAUUUGACAUUUUGAAGUUUCUUUUCCUACCAAACAACAACAUCCAGAAAAGGAAGAUUGGAAAUGUCAAUGUAUUGAGCAGCAAGGAGAUUUAUGUGCAUGUAGACAGCAGUGUUAAUUUGGGGCUUCCGCAUUUCGAUGGGAUUCCUCAGUCACUUUGCAAUGACCCCUGUGCCCCAGGAUCCAGGAAAUCCAAAAGAGAAGGAGCACCAUCUUGUUGUUAUGACUGUGUCAAGUGUGUGGAUGGGGAAAUGUCUAAUAGAACAGAUGCUCCAGAGUGUUUAAAAUGCCCAGAAGAUAUGAAAUCUAACUUACAGAGAAUUGACUGUAUUCCUAAAGAAAUAAAUUACCUUUCCUACAUGGACAGCAUGGGGUCCAGUUUAACUUCCAUAACCUUGAUGCUCUUCUGUUCAACUGCUGCAGUUUUGGGAAUUUUCUUGAAAUAUUGGGACACUCCGAUUGUAAGAGCUAAUAACCAAAAUCUCAGCUGUAUCCUCCUCAUCUCUCUCAUGUUGUGUUUCCUCUGCACUUUAUUAUUCAUUGGGCGUCCAACUCAGAUAUGUUGUCUUCUCCGACAAGUAACUUUUGGGUUUGUAUUUACUAUUUCUGUUUCUUCUGUGUUGGCUAAAACUCUAACAGUUAUUAUUGCCUUCAAUGCCACAAAGCCUGGGAGCAAGCUGAAGAAGUAUGUAGGAACCCAACUGUCCAUCAUAUUAGUCAUUUUAUGUUCUUUGGGUGAGAUGGGCAUUUCUUUGGGAUGGAUGGCCUCAAAUCCUCCAUUUGUGGAGGCUGAUAUGAUUUCUGAAAAGGAUUUUAUUAAUUUAAUGUGCAAUGAAGGAUCAGUCAUUUUCUUCUUCAAUAUAAUUGCAUAUAUGGGAACCUUGGCUCUACUAAGUUUCAUUGCUGCAUUUCUAGCCAAGGAUUUCCCUGACCAAUUCAAUGAGGCUAAAAACAUCACUUUCAGUAUGUUGGUGUUCUGUAGUGUGUGGGUGACGUUUGUCCCUGCAUACCUGAGCAGUAAGGGGAGUAGAAUGGUGGCUGCUGAGAUAUUUGCUAUUUUAGCCUCAAGUUCAGGAUUAUUGGGCUGUAUAUUUGGUCCUAAGUGUUACAUUAUCUAUCUUAAACCCGAGCUUAAUAAAAGAGAGACCAGGGUACACAUAAUUUAAAUUACUGACAAUAUCAUUGCAUCAAUUGCUUAAAGCAUUGCUUUAAUUUUCUCAAACCAGUCACAAUUGGUGUACUUUAAAAAUAUGCAAUA